UAACAUGGACGCCCAGCUCCUGACGAACCUCGACGCGUGCGACUUCCGCACUAACCCGAACGUUUUGACCCAGCUGCGUGAGAAAAUGUUCAUUCUCUGGGGAGACCUCGAAGAAAAGAAGAUCAAGAAACUGGCCGAGCAGGGCAAGAAGCAAAAGGCCAACGUGGGAAAGAAGAAGAAGACCAACGACCGACCCCCUGAUUCCGAGGACGAGGACGCGGGCGCGGGCGCGGCUCCCAAGAUGGAAAAGGAGGUCAUCUCGAACCGACCCUUCACUUGUUGUAUACGCCAGUAUGGCAUCCAAGUCAAGGAGUCAGAUACCGAGAAGGCCGAUGCAGGGCCAGGGAAGAAAUGGCAGCGAAUGUAUGGACUCUUCGGAACCAAAAUAUGCGGUUAAAAGCUAGUUGGUCAGGCACAGGAUUUUGCAGGAGUUUGAGGCAUGGGAUUACGAAGAUUGAUGACCAGGUUGCAGAGCAGCGGCCGUCACAGGCGUACGAACUUGUAACAGAAUGAUUUAUCCCUAAUGAAAUCGUGUCGUAUUAGCUACUACAAGAGCUAACCAGUUGUCUUUUAUCCCCGUUCUAACGCCUCGAGUCAAAUGAGCCAUCCCAUCCUAGACAGGCGCUCCCGUUCGC